AUGUUACGUUUUGUUGCAGAAGAAGAAAAGCGAGGGAGGAGAAAACAAUGUGGUGUUGAAGGUGGAUUGCAGCUGCGAUGGCUGCGCUACCAAACCGGAAAAGUUUCAGAUCCCGCCAAAAUGAAGGAGAAGCUUGAGGAGAAGCUCAACAAGAAGGUGCUUCUUAUCUCUCCUCAGAUCAAGAAGGACAAAAAUAACAAAAAUGGCGACCAUAAUAAUAAGGAGAACAAAAGCGACGGCGAUAAUAAGGAGAAGAAAUCCAAAGAGAAAGAGAAAGAGACUCCGGUGAUGACGACGGCGGUUCUGAAGGUGGCACUUCACUGCCAGGGAUGCGUCGACAAAAUCCGGAAAACUGUCUCCAAAACCAAAGGAGUGAAUGAAAUGGAGAUAAACAAAGAGAAAGAUACGGUGACAGUGCAGGGGACCAUGGACGUGAAGGCUCUGGCUGCGAAUCUAACGGAGAAGCUCAAGAGGAAGGUGGAGGUGGUCCCACCUAAGAAACCAGACAACAAGGAGAACAAUGGUGGUGGUGGUGAUGGCAAGAAGAACAAGGGAGGCGGUGGUGGUGGUAAUAAUAAUAAUGAAGAAAUGGUGAUGAUGGAGCAGAAUAGAAUGGAGUAUAUGGCAGCUCCACAUGUUCUAUUUCCAUCUGCAUAUGGAUAUGGAUAUGCUCCUGUUAUGCAUCCACAUCAUCCUGGCGGUUACAGCUAUAUGCCUGGGUAUACGUACCCGGAACAGUUUCACUUGCAUGCACCACCACCACCACCUCAGAUCUUCAGUGAUGAGAACCCACAUGCUUGCUCUCUCAUGUGAUCAUCGCCAUCGUCAUCAUGGUUAUCAUCAUGCUCUUUAGGGAUACCCAAUAGAGACACUCUAUUUUCCUUUUCCACGGAAGCUUUUUUUUUUUUUUUUAAUGCUUGUGACUUGUGAUUAAAAGUAACUAAUACUCCAAACCAGGAUUUGUUAUUAGCUAUAAUGCCAUUGUAAAUGACAAAAAAAAUUGGAAUCUCUCUC